AUGGGUAAUAUUGUGACACCAGACCAAGGUUUACUACCAUUACCAGCUUAUAGUGGUAUAGGAACUACUCCUUAUCCAUGGUGGCUCAAUACUGCUUUAGCUAUUUGGGCUCUAUUAGCCUUACUCUGUUGUUGGUUGCUACUACUUCUAUAUCUCUUACGGUACUGUUGUCGAUGGUAUCGACAUAGAAAAUAUGCAGCUGAUCGUAAAUCAUUACGUGAACGAUUUUUUGGUUCAAAUAGUUCUAAUGAUCGACAACAUGUAUAUGUUGGAAAAGGUCAACAUUUUGCAACAGCUCCAUUACCACCAGUUCCUCCUUAUGCUAUACACAACGGAAAUGAAGUUACUUUUCGAGAUAUUCAUGAACGUCGUAUAGUUCAAGAUGAUUUUUAUGGUGAUAUAAAUCCUUAUGUAACAGCAGCAGCUAUUGGUGCUGAUAAUGAAGCAUUUGAAUCUGGUUCGGAAUUUAUUUCUGAAGAAGAAGUUCGAAGUCGUGAUAUGAGAAAAAAAUCAAAUGGUGUUCGUUUACUUGCCAAUGGUCGUCAUCCAAUGAUUGUUGUUUCUGAUAAAUCAUCUGAUGGUAUAAAAGAAAAUAUUGAAACAAAUGUACAACGUAAUAUUACAAAGAAUUUUUAUAUUAAUGAAGAACAAAAUUAUUUUAUUCAAAAAGAUCCAUUAAUUGAAACAUCAAAUCAUUUACAUGAUCAAGAAAUUCAAACAGUUCCAGGAUUAACAGUAACAACAGUUAAUAUGGCAGCUGAACGAAUCACUGAUAAUCCAAAUUGGGAAAACGUAAAUUUAAAAGAAGAUUUCGAUGAUCAAAAUCCGAAAAAAGCUUCUUCAGCAAUUGUUGCAAAUGAUACAUCAUUAUUUCAACAAGAUGUUAAAUAUGAAAAACAACCAAAUAUUUAUACUCAUCGACCAGUUUCUCCUGAAAUUCUACAUGUUGAAAAUAAAAAAUUAGGAAAACACUCAUCUAUAAUAUCUGAUGAUGGUUCAACAACCAGUGAAAUGAGUGGACAUGAUUCAGAAUCAAUCUAUGAAACAAUUCGUGUAUUUACACCCAGAAAACAACCUCUACCACCCUUAGAAGAUGAAGAUGAAUAUAAAACAGCUGGUGUUGAUGAAGUCGAAUUUGAAAUAAAAGACCUUGUUCGAUUACAAAAAGGCAAUGCUAAAAAUAGUGGUAUAUACGAUAAUAUUAUAUUAUCAACGAAUAUAUCUGGCCAACAUCUAACACCUCGUGUAUCAUCUUUAUCAUCUUCAUCAACUUUAAAUAAUUUAUUGCCGACUGAUUCUCAACAUAAUCAAAAUAAUGUUGUUUCAGGUGAAGAAGAAAAAGAGGAAACUGUUACAGAAACAAUCAAAACUCAAGAGAUUCAAACAACAUUUCGUCAAAUUGGACAACAUCUUGACGAUAGUGCAUUUUUUAUUCCUCUUGGCUCAUCAAGUCGAUAUCAUGAACUACAAAAAGCUGAAAAUAGAAACACUAAUAUUCCACUCUCAAGGUCACCCCUUUCUCAUGAAGAGAAACCGGCAAUACAACAUUUAUAA